AUGAUGGCCACAGAGCCCACGGUCGAUAGCCCUGCAGAUGCCCAGCUUGCAAGCUCCCCCAGCAAUGGCGGUAUCGCCACACCUGUCGUAAACGGUACUGCCAAUCACGAUGGCAUCGAAAACAAGCACAUCUCCCAGCUUGAGGACCACUCACAUUCUGCAGAUGCGAGUGCAAGUGGAGGAUCGGAUAAUGAAGCGUCGAAACUCAGGGACGGCGACAAGAGCCACGCGCGCACGGCCUCUUCCGCCAAAAAGCCAGCGACGUUCAAGGCCGUCUCCGUCAACAAGACUUUUCUAGCAUCCAAAGCGAACACUCCAACCUCGACCAGCAAGAUUGUAGAGAGGUCCAAGGGCGGUGCCAGCACGCCACCGCCGUCAGGCUCUGCUACACUCUCUUCACGACCUCGUCUGGUGGCCAAGACUGGUAGUGGGGUCGGUAGUUCUGGCACGCGAUCAUCUGGGUUGAACGGGUCUAAAGCACCAGCGCCUGACGCUGGCGCGGUUUGGAACAAGAACAAGCAUCCAAAGAAGUUAACCGACGAGGAGCUCAAGAAGUAUGGCAUUCACGUCGCCACUCGCUUGGAAGAAGAAGAAGAUACGCAAGGGCAGAGCAAGUGGGCAGAUUUGGACGAUGAUGACGAUGAUUGGGCACCAGAAGCGAUCACAUGGACUGAUGGUACCAAGACGACACUACCACAUACUGAUGAGCCUCCAACACCAGCCACGAUCCCUGCUCAGCCUGCAGUUCCAGAGGUCAAGGAAUUCGUUAAGCCCAAAUCGCCAGCGCCUCUAUCGACACCUGCUCCCCCAAAAGCCUCCAGUGGACUGCCGAGUGGGAAGGGCCUGGUUCUUAGCAAGGCACCGGCUGAGAAGCCUACGCUUGUCGCAAAGCCAACGCCGCCCCAGGUAGCAAAAUCUCCCUGGGCACCACUACCACCAGUCGAGAAAGCCUCUGCUGUGGCAACAGAAUCAGCAGCCCCAGCUCCUCUCUUCGGAAACCCUCGUUUGCGGGAUCUGCAGAAGGCCCCCUGUCCCCCGCCCUGUCUCACACGCCCUAUCGCGGAUAUCAACAGCCUGGAACUGGUUACGGCGCUCGUCCUUCUCCGCGAGCUCACUUCGCCACGCCCUAUCACGGUGGCCCUCCCGGUCCUACGGGUCCUGGAUAUGGUCAACAGCCCAUGCCACAUGCACCAGCCCCUCAAAGAACGCGCGCGAAAGCGAAAGGAAGAGGAAGCAGCUGAGGAAGCAGCUCGUAAAGAGAGAAUUCAGAAGAAGCUCGCUGCGCUGGGGCCUGCACCGCCCAGUAGAAGCGAAAGGAGCCAAGCCACUGUUGCUCCUGCUGCCGUCGAGUCUCCUAAACCGAAGCAUAUUCAACAACGCGAGCAACCCAGCCAGCCCUCUAUUCCAGAAUCAACAUCCACCGUGCCCCAGCAGGUUGGUGUCGGCGCUGGCACGGAUUCUCAAGCCACCGAACCUCCCGCGCGUGGCCAACACAACGACGGGCAGAUCACCACCGCCCAAGCAGGGCGGCGCCCCUCGCAUGGCCAGGACAACAGGCAACAACCCAGCUGGCAAAGGUCAGGGUCGGGCCAGUCCAGGGCACAUCCGUCUGGCCCGGAUGCAUCUACACGACCUGAGCGAUCCCAGAAUUUGUCCUGGGCGCCGGGCAGUCAAGCUUCCGCGCGUAACGUCUGGGGUUCGCCCAACAAUGACAGGGGUCUCGGUAAUGGGACAUUCAACCCAGAUCUUGGACUCAUGUCCGAUUCCCCUUUGCCACAGGCUCAGACCGGCAAGGCACCCUCCCCAAUUGCCCCGCCCAGCUUGUCGCGAGAGCCAUCUCAAGGGCAGCAGCAGCCGUCUGCAGUGCAGCAGAGCCAGCAAGCGCCUAUUGGCUCUCGUCCCGGUCAUCCACACACACGAUUCCAACAAGCUGGAGCGCCCACUGUUACCAGCAAGUGGGUAAAUGCUGUUGCCGAAAAUGAUCGCAAGAUUGCUGCGGAGCGUCUGGCAGAACGAUCAAUGUGUCUGAAGAUGGUCGUCGGCAGCAAAUGCCUCCUGUCGUCGAAACUCACCGCCACCAAGCCGGGCGGUCGUGGCAAGGAGCCCGCGAAGGGCAACAGCAGCCCCCUGCCGCCAGACACCAAGUGCCGGGUCCUUCACCCGCUGCAGGGGUGA